CGCCGCGAGCCGCCGCCAUGGGCCGGGCCCGGCCGGGCGAGCGCGGGCGGCGCGGCCCCAGCCCCGGCCCCGGCCCCGGCCCCGCCGAGCCGCCGCGCCGCCGCGCCCGCACCCUGGCGCUGCUCGGAGCCCUGCUGGCCGCCGCCGCCGCCGCCGCCGUCCGGGCCUGCGCCCGCCACGCCGAGGCCCAGGCGGCUGCGCGGCAGGAAUCUGCGCUGAAGGCCCUGGGGACAGAAGGCCUUUUCCUCUUUUCUUCCUUGGACACUGACCAGGAUAUGUACAUCAGCCCCGAGGAGUUCAAGCCCAUUGCUGAGAAGCUGACAGGGUCAACGCCUGCAGCCAGCUACGAGGAGGAGGGGCUGCCCCCGGAUCCCAGUGAGGAGACGCUCACCAUAGAAGCCCGAUUCCAGCCUCUGCUCCUGGAGACCAUGACCAAGAGCAAAGAUGGCUUCCUCGGGGUCUCCCGCCUCGCCCUGUCCGGCCUCCGCAACUGGACAACCGCAGCCUCGCCAAGUGCAGUGUUCGCCACGCGCCACUUCCAGCCCUUCCUUCCCCCUCCGGGCCAGGAGCUGGGCGAGCCCUGGUGGAUCAUCCCCAGCGAGCUGAGCGUCUUCACCGGCUAUUUGUCCAACAACCGCUUCUACCCGCCGCCACCCAAGGGCAAGGAGGUCAUCAUCCACCGGCUCCUGAGCAUGUUCCACCCUCGGCCCUUCGUCAAGACCCGCUUUGCCCCUCAGGGGGCCGUGGCCUGCCUGACAGCCAUCAGCAACUUCUACUACACCGUGAUGUUCCGGAUCCACGCCGAGUUCCAGCUCAGCGAGCCGCCCGACUUCCCCUUUUGGUUCUCCCCUGGCCAGUUCACCGGCCACAUCAUCCUCUCCAAAGAUGCCACCCACGUCCGUGACUUCCGGCUCUUCGUGCCCAACCACAGGUCCCUGAAUGUGGACAUGGAGUGGCUGUACGGGGCCAGUGAAAGCAGCAACAUGGAGGUGGACAUCGGCUACAUACCCCAGAUGGAGCUGGAGGCCGCGGGCCCCUCGGUGCCCUCCGUGAUCCUGGACGAAGAUGGGAACGUGAUCGACAGCCGCCUGCCCUCGGGUGAGCCCCUCCAGUUCGUGUUUGAGGAGAUCGAGUGGCAGCAGGAGCUGAGCUGGGAGGAGGCCGCCCGGCGCCUGGAGGUGGCCAUGUAUCCCUUCAAGAAGGUCACCUACCUGCCGUUCGCCGAGGCCUUCGACCGAGCCCAGGCUGAGAACAAGCUGGUGCACUCGAUCCUGCUGUGGGGGGCCCUGGAUGACCAGUCCUGCUGAGGUUCGGGGCGAACUCUCCGGGAGACAGUCCUGGAAAGUUCGCCCAUCCUCGCCCUCCUUAAUGAGAGCUUCAUCAGCACCUGGUCCCUCGUGAAGGAGCUGGAGGACCUGCAGAACAACCAGGAGAACGUGUCCCACAAGAAGCUGGCCGGCCUGCACCUGGAGAAGUACAGCUUCCCCGUGGAGAUGAUGAUCUGCCUGCCCAAUGGCACUGUGGUCCACCACAUCAACGCCAACUACUUCCUGGACAUCACCUCCAUGAAGCCCGAGGACGUCGAGAACAACGUCUUCAGCUUCUCGUCCACCUUUGAAGACCCGUCCACAGCCACCUACAUGCAGUUCUUGAAGGAGGGACUCCGGCGCGGCCUGCCCCUGCUCCAGCCCUAGAGACCCUGCUGGGGGUGUCAUGGACGGGCCCAUGUCACACUUCAGACUCUGCCCUCCCCCGCCCCACUGAUAGGCUGCCUUGUGGAGUCCGAGGUCAACUGAGGGUGGCCAUCCUAGCUUUGCCCCACGGUGGUGGUAGACAGGGGGUGCCCGGGCUGAGCAGGUGGAUCAGCCUCUAGCUCUGGCUGCCACCAUUGGCCUUUCUUACCCAUCUGGCUCCAGAAGCUGCUCGGGAACCUGUCCCAAAUCGGGGUCUGGGUGAUCUCCCUGGAUGUCACCUGCCAGUCGCAUAGUCCAGGCCCUUGCGAAGCAAAGAGCAGGAGAGAGGAGUGGGCUGGGAAGACAGGGCCGCCGCUCUCUGCUUGCCUUUGCCCCGCUCCCAAAACAUCAGGAAGCCAGGGCAGCACUCCUGUUUGUCUAGAGCCUUCUUUCCUGGCGGUACCCAGGCUGCCCUCCUGUGCCUGAUGUCCCCAGCUGGGGUAGUCUCAGCCGGCGACAGCCUUCUGCAGCCUCUGGGCAGACCCUCCUUCGGAAGUGGAGAUCAUGCUGCUCCCCAGACCACCCCACUCACCCGGCGCUGGGACCCAGCACCGAGUUCAGGACUUGCUGGGGGCCCCGGUCUGGGAAGUGCGCCGUAAAGCAGGCUCCGCCUUUAGCCAGGGGGUCCACCGAGGGCUCCCUGAGGCCCAGGGCACUCCCACCGCCUGUCCCGGACCCUGACCCGUGGGAGGACGCCCAGCCAAAGAACACAGCCUGGCUGGCGCCCGGGGCUGCCCCAGACCUGCCGCUGACUCUCCUCAGCCACUCUGGGGCUUUGGUCCACAUCCUGAGCCACUGACCACGCCAGUCUCUUUUUUAUACAUGCAGAAAAGUGUUUUUACAUGGCCUUUCUCACAGUUUGUAGGUAUUUUUAUAAUUCCUGUGCCACGGAGAAAGAAGGGGGCAAUGGCUUCCCCCGGCAGCAGCCCCAUGAUGGCUGGGUCUGAAAUCCUAGAUGGACCCAGCUUGAUGUCCUUGCAGUUGCCACACGGGAAGACGUAUCCCCCCUUCCUUCUCCUCUUCCAGCUUUUUGAAAACAGUCCUCAGAGGAUCAGUGUACCCCCAGUGUACUCAGAGGGCAGCUCCAUCCUGCCCUCCACUCAGGCCCACGAGGUGCCCUUGGACUUCUGUCAUUAAGGCCCUGAAGGCAGGCCUGCCCCUACACCCAGUCCUCCCCGACCCUCGCCCCACCAGGGCUCGCUGUUCGCCCGUCUCCCCGCAGAGGGAGAAGGAAGGGAGCCACGUGCUGGCUCGCUCGCCAGGCCUCCCAUCUGCCCGGUUCCCUGCUGCCGUGGGAACAUCCGCUGAGCCUUUCUCACGCCAGGCUUGUUCUUAAUUCUGUGUCAACUAGAAGAGCAGCCAGUCAUCAAGCACCGUCUCUGUCCGAGGACCUUCUAACACUACGUGUAUUUUCUUACUUAGUCCCCACAAUAAGCCUGUGACGUGGAUGCUGUUCAUUGUUCCCAUUUUGCAGAUGAAGAAACUUGAGUCUCAGGGAAGUGAAGUGACUUGCCUGAGGUCACUCAGAGUGGCAGAGUGGAGAUGCAAACCCACAUGUGACUCCCCAGCCUGUGUCUUGACUUGGGGGCGUUGUGUUUGGCACUGCACCCCCACCCCUCUCCCUGCUUGUUGUCCUGGGGUGGGAAGGAAAGCCUCAAACUGGAGCCUCUGGUUCCCCUCUGAUCUCCAGACCUGGGGGGCAUGAGCCAGCGAGCCCAGCCAGUGCUGUGUCCUGCGGGGGCCGGUGCUUCCGUGCCCCUUGCAGGAGGGAGGGCACAGGAGCCUCCCUGCCCCAGCGGGCCCUGCCGCUGUUGCUCCGGAGGGACGAGGGGCGACUCCACUUCCACCCGUGUAAGGUGCUGAUUGCUUGGGGUUUCAGAAUGAAUCUUCCCCUGAUGCCUCAGCCUGGCCCCCACCAUGUCUCAAGGCUGCCCUCUUGUCACCCCUGUGCCACUUCCUUCCCCUGUCCCUAACAUGUCCUAUAAUAAAAUUAAAGAGACCAGA